AUGGCUGGACUUGUGCCGAACAUUCUGGGUGCUACGAUCACCACCUUUGCCGUCGCCCUUCUGGCACUGACUCUUCGGAUGGUCGCCCUGUAUCUGACCAGGCGACCCUCAUUUUAUGAUGACUACCUCUGCAUAUUUGCAUUUAUUUUUGCAUCUGGCUAUUGCACGACAAUAUUGAUAUGGACAUCUCAUUACUAUUUGGGACAAUUUCUUCCCAAUGUCGACCAAGAUAAACUGGGCUUCAUUCUGGGAAAGUCCCGCCAACUACUCUGGAUCAUCGAGCUCACCUACGCAGCCUCCAUCGCUUCUUCCAAAUUUUCUGUCCUCUGCUUCUUCUGGAACAUAUUCAACCGUAGUUCCAUCCGCUGGCCAAUCAUCAUUCUCUUCUUGACCUCGUCCCUCUGGGUAAUCGUGCGCACCUUCAUCGUCAUAUUCCAAUGCACCCCUGUGCCGUACAUCUGGGAUAAAUCCAUCCAAGGUGGAAAGUGCCCAAUAGAUAUCAGCAAGUUUUUCUUCGGCACUGUGCUGCUUCACUGUAUCAUGGAUACAGUCAUUGUGAUGCUACCUAUCUUCCCGGUGUUGAAAAUGCAGCUCAGUCAGAAACGGAAGGCUGCCAUUCUUGCUCUGUUCACAUCUGGGGCCAUCGUCGUGAUCGCCUCGGUGUUUGUACUCAUCGAGUCGAUCAAAUACGACCCUCAUGAAACUGAGAUAACCUAUCACGUCGCUCCAAACAUGUUGUGGGCUGCUGUGGAGGUCAACAUGGCCGUCUUCUCAAGUAAGAUGCUCUCUAAAACCACAACACUACCGGCUUUCAAGAUAUUAGCUAGUAACAACUUCGCCAGGCUGUCUCCCUAA